AUGCUGCUCCGCUCUGCGCCCGUCUGGCUCCUGGGGGCGGCUCUCGGGCUGCUCCUGCUGCGGGGCUUCUCCUGCGGCUCUUCCAAGCACUCUCUCUGUUAUUCCUACCUGCAAGUGUCAGAGCCCAGCCAGGGGCUACCUCAGUUUCUCUCCAUGGUCCACCUGGACAACCAGCCCAUCGCUCGCUAUGACAGCCUCACGAGGGAGAUGGAGCCUUUGGUGCCUUGGAUGGAAGGGGUGGAGGUGAAGAACUUUCUGGAGCCUGACUGGGUGUUCAGGGCUGACCUGGAGAGUGUGCAGAAUGAAGGGCUUCACACCUGGCAGGCAAUUUUGGGCUGUGAACUCAGGGAAGAUGGGAGCCGAGAAGGCUAUUUCCACUACGGCUACGAUGGGAUGGACUUCAUCAGUUUCGACAAGGAGACCCUCAGAUGGGUGGCAGCUCAGCCCCAGGCCGAGAAGAUCAAGGAGAAGUGGGAGGAUGAUCCAAGAUGGUCCCAGGGAAAUAAAGUCUACCUGGAAGAGAACUGCACUGAGUGGCUGCAGAGAUACCUGUCUUAUGGGAAGAAGGCUCUGCAGAGAUCAGAGCAUCCAGUGGGGAAGGUGACCCACAAGACCGCCAGUGACAACGUGGAGGUCCUCAUCUGCCAGGCCUUUGGCUUCUACCCCAAGGAGAUCCAGGCCACCUGGAUGAGGGACAGAGAGGUCUGCCAGUACGAGACCCUCCAUAGGAACGUGGCCCCCAACUCAGAUGGGACCUACUAUGUCUGGCUCAGCAUUGAUAUCGACCCCAAGGAGAAGGACCACUACUGGUGCCGUGUGAUGCCUGCUGACUUACAGGAGCCCCUGGUCUUGGCCUGGAAGGAAGAGCCUGAUGAGAAACUGCAACAUCCAG